CUGGCUUUUUGCCCUCAACUUUAACAAUUUAUUUUUCGUUUGUUGCAAAGCGGCACCUGUAAACUAAAUCUCCUUCUCUGGCAAAUUCAGCUGAACUCUUCACAACCACACUCCCAAAACAGCAAGCUGCUCUUCUAGUUCCUUCCACACAACAAUUCCCCAAAUGUCGGAGCCCCAGCAGGGCCAGAUGCCUCCAGGCAUGGUCAGGCCAACCCCCGAGCAGAUUGCUGCUAUGCAGCGCCAAAUCGCUGCUGAUGCGGAACGAGCUGGCAUGACGGUCCCCGAGUUCAUCGAGCACAUAAAGAAGCAGCAGAUGGAGAUGAUGCGACAGCAACAGCAGCAGCAGCAGCAGCAGCAACAGGGCCACGAAGGCCACGAUAACGAUGAUGAUGAGGACCAUGGCCACCAGCAACAGCAAGAGGGCCAGGGUCAGCCUAUCACCCCAGGCCCUCCCAAUCCCCUCGCGAUUGCGUUGGCCAACUUCUUGAAAAGCCAAGAUCUCAAGCCCCGCACUUGUAUUCUCAAUGGCGAACGCAAGGACAUGUUCAGAGUCAAACGUGCACUCCGCGCCAUCCAAUCCCCCGCAUACGAAAAAGCCCGCAAGAAGAAUCCCGCCCUCCCCGAGGUCACAGACCGCGCCUCGCUUGAGAACUGCUUCAAGCUGCUACCCCUCUCUAUGCUGGCGCUGCGUGUAAACAAGGUCGACCCCCAUGAGGGACACGACCACCCACCGAAGAAGGGGAAGCGUGUAAAGGGCUUGUGGACGGUGCGCAUUGAGCCUCAGCAGGAAGCCGGCGAUGAUAUGUACUAUGUUUGGCUGUACGAAGGCAGCCAGAUCAUGCGCAAGGUGUACGCUGCUCUUGCCCUGGUCGUCAUCUUUGCCAUCGUUCUAUACCCUCUGUGGCCUCUCUUUAUGCGCCAGGGCGUCUACUACCUCAGUUGGGGUUUCCUGAUGCUUCUUGGUCUCUUCUUCCUGAUGGCGAUUUUCCGGGUUAUAUUGUUUUGCGUUACAUAUUUUGUCCUGUCUCCUGGGCUUUGGCUGUUCCCCAACCUCUGGGAGGACGUUAGUUUCGUCGACAGUUUCAAGCCUGUGUGGGCAUGGCACGAGACCGAGAAGAAGAAAAAGAAAAAGUCCAAGGCAGGCACUUCAGGGGGUUCCUCCAAGGCGGGAGCGGCCUUCGCUGGCGCAACUGGUCAGCCUCUGCCUGCUUCAGCCACAACGACAGCAACAGAAACUAUGGUCGCCACCAGCCCGGUCGAGAGAAGAGGCUAUACCGCGCCGCAGGUGGAGGAACUCGACGAUGACGAGUAGGCAUUGGUUUCGUUUCCUUUUUCUCCUGCAUCAAGGGCCGCCGCACCCUGAAGCCCCAUUUUGAGGUGCAACUUUUUUUCUCUGGCUGUCGUCGUAGCUGGUAAGUUCUUGGCGCGCAUGGCUAAAUUUGGGGGCUAGUUUGCUUGUCUCGUAUUCGGGGAAUGUCGAUCGGCCCAGCAGACGACUAUAAUUUUCGCCUACACCAUUGUCUGGCUGCAACCUCAAGCAUUGUAUAUCUUCAGAAAUGGCCCAAAUAGCUUCCUAAAGCAACGAUGUCGGCUCUUUCAUAACAAACAAUCAUCCAUCGCAGGCAGUGACACGUGGUUUUGAGGACUUGAAUUGGCUCUGACAUGU